AUGAAGAAAGAAGAAGUAAAAGAGAUUUUCUUAAAAAUCCUCAAAGAAGAAGAGGAUGUGUCUGCUGGUGUGGCAGCUAUAAAAACUUUACUAACAGUUAUAGAAAAUUAUAAAGUUGGAACAGUGCAAGAGCUUGAUCAAAAUUUGCAAUUGGCUGUAGAAGCCAUGCGUCAGUGUGAUCAGCCCGUAGCUGCAAUUUCAUCAGGAUGUGAACUUUUCAUGAGAUUCAUUACUUUUGCCAAACUUGAUGUCAAGUCAUUUGAAGAAUGUGAACAGAUAAUGCUGCAGAGAGGACGCAUAUUUCUCGAUACACUACUAGAAGCCAGAGGCAAAGUUGCAAAACAAUCCCUAAAUUUUAUAAGUGAUGGGUGUAAAAUCCUAACACAUUCUCGAUCCAGAGUAGUCCUGCAAGCCAUGUUGGAGGCCGCUAAAGCUAAUAAGAGAUUCCAAGUCUUUGUUACUAAAUCAUGUCCUGAUAACAGUGGAGAGCGCAUGCACAAGGAGCUGACGGCGGCCGGCAUCGAGGCGACGCUGAUCCUGGACGCGGCCGUAGGCUACAUCAUGGAGCAGGUGGACGUGGUGAUGCUGGGUGCGGAGGGCGUCGCAGAGAGCGGCGGGAUUAUUAAUAAGAUUGGUACAUAUUGUAUCGCUAUGUCAGCAUUAGAACUGAAGAAACCUGUGUACGUGCUAACUGAAAGUUUCAAAUUUUCAAGAAUAUAUCCUCUAAAUCAAAAGGAUUUGCCAAAUGAAUUCAAAUAUUUAUCAAGCACUUUAAGCAAUGGAAAUCUAUCAAAACAACACCCUCUAGUGGACUACACGCCGCCGGCGUACAUUACUCUUCUGUUUACGGACUUAGGUAUACUCACACCGUCGGCAGUGAGCGAUGAACUUAUAAAAUUGUAUUUG